AUGUUAACAUGUUGUAACAAAACAAACACAAACGCGUGUAAUGAGCCGCAUGUGUCAAUCAUCAAUCAAAGCAAAAUAAAAAUAAAAAGUGAGUGAUUGAUUUUUCAGGUUGUUUUUUUAUUCUCCAUUGUCAGACGUGAAUUAAUUCAAGUUAAGAGAGCAAAUAGUCAGUGUUUACCAGCCCGCCUAAUAGAAAACUUCAUCUAGUCACUAAUUUCUGUAAAAAGAAUACAAUGACCGCUUGUAGUGAAAUCUUUGGAAAAUUAGAAGAGUUCAAAACAUCUGUUUCUGAAUCACUACAUGAAAUUUCUGAACUCAAUGCGACCUGCAAAGUUAUGCUUGAAAAAUACCUGAGGGACACGGCUUCUUUGGAUCACCUUGCAGCUGUUAGAACACAGGCUGUAAUAGACUACAUGUAUGAGCAAGUGAACAUUGGAAACUGGAAGGAGGUAAAGCCUUAUCUCAGGAAAACGAUAACCAUCGCGUCGUAUAUAAAGUUGCUGGCUAUCACGAAAUCUUCUGAGAACGCGACCGAAAGCUUAGUCAAGGAUCUGUUCAAGAUCAUUGACUUUGGCAUACUGUUUGGAUGCCCUGUAGAUGGAAACCCUGAUUUAUUGCAAACAUGCGCAACACUACUGAGUUCAUUUAAUUUGAUCACACAUGAUCUGAGUGAAACUUCUAGUCAGAAUCAAGGGACUGUUGAGGUUGAUAUCACAAAGUAUAAUGCACAACCAAUUGAGGUGAUAGAUUGUCCUAGCAUGGAGAACUUUUACAGAAACUACAUACUAGCAGAGAAGCCAGUUAUAUUAAGAAACUGUAUCAACCACUGGCCAGCGUUGAGUAAAUGGCGAGAUCAAAACUACUUCAUAAAACUGGCUGGGCCCAGGACUGUUUCAAUCGAAAUUGGGCGUGAUUAUACAGAGAAAGAUUGGACCCAAAAGCUGAUGACAAUUGAGGAAUUCAUUAAGGACUUUGUCUACCAAUCAAAUGGCCCCACAGGCUAUCUGGCCCAAUAUCAGUUAUUUGAGCAAAUUCCAGAACUAAAGAAAGACAUUGCAGAGCCUGAAUACUGUAGCUUCGCUGACACUAACGAGGCAGUUGAUAUGAUGGCGUGGUACGGACCCAAGGGCACAAUUUCUCCACUGCACUAUGACCAUAAACGUAACUUGUUCACUCAAGUUGUUGGCGAAAAACAAGUAUUCUUAUUCUCUCCUCAAGACACAGAGAACUUGUAUCCUCAUGAACAUGAGUUGCUACACAACACAGCACGAAUAGACCCUCGGUUCCCUGAUUAUGAAAAGUAUCCUAAAUACAAAGACGCUAAGGUAUACUGUUGCGUGCUGCGUGCAGGACAGAUGCUGUACAUUCCUCCAAAAUGGUGGCAUUAUGUGGAGUCACUAUCAAUAAGUUUCUCCGUAAGUUUCUGGUGGAAGUGAAACUGCAAGAAGUUUCCGUCAACUUGGUGACUUAGGAUAAGCAGAAAAAAGAGGUGAAAAGUAGUGGUUUUACCUCGCAUCCUAGUUCCAGAUAUGAAAUCAAAGUCCUCCUUCCUCGUCGGGUCGAAGAAAGCCAUCUUGC